CUCCUCCUCACCUCCUCAGCCUGUGUCCGUCAGCGAUGGGACUCUGUAGGAGCCUCGGGGGGACGACAGAGCAGAGGAGCGGCUGCAGCUCAGGUGGAGAGUCCCUGUGAGAACUGGAUGUAGAAGGGGAAGCACCAAGGUCAUGAUCGACUGGCCCAAUGUGACGGCGUCCGGCCCCCGGGAGCUGGGCCUGAAACCCGAGGAGCUGCAGAAGUCCAAGUGUGUGUUGGGCUUCAUCCCGGUCAUCUACUACAGCGUCCUGCUGUGUGUGGGAGUCCCAGUGAACGUCCUCACGGCGGUGGCCUUGGCUCGUCUGGCGUCCCGCACCAAGAAAGCUCUGUAUUAUUACCUCCUGGCAGUGACGGGCUCAGACAUUCUCUCCCAACUCUUCAUCAUCUUCGUCGGCUUCCUGCUGGAGACGGCGGUCUUUCACCGCGAUGUCCCUUCACUCCUGCUGCACUCCGUCAGCGCCGCAGAGUUCGCUGCCAAUCACGCCUCCAUCUGGUCCACCGUGCCCCUCACCGUGGACCGCUAUGUGGCGCUGUGCCACCCCCUCCUCCACCGCCAGAUCAGCUACCCGGCCCGAGCCAGGAAGAUCAUCGCCGUGGUCCUGGCGUUAUCGCUCGUGUCCGGCGUGCCCUUCUUCUGGUGGUCAGACAUGUGGAGGAACAGCCACGCGCCCACGGCGCGGGACACCGUCCUCAUAUGGACACACGUGACCAUCAUCUACUUCCUGCCCUGCAGCAUCUUCUUGGUGCUGAACUCGUUGAUAAUCCGGACGCUGAUGGUGAGGCAGAGGCAGCAGCGCUGCCACGAGGAAUGUGGGCCGAAGUCGGCGCCUCCAGGGCGACUUGGGAAAACCACGGCCAUGCUGCUGGCCAUCACCUCCGUGUUCUCUGUGCUGUGGGCCCCCAGGACGGUCGUGGUCAUCUACCACCUGUACGUGUCCUCGGUCCACAGAGACUGGCGCGUCCACUUGGCCUACGACCUGUCCAACAUGCUGGCCAUGCUCAACACGGCCGUCAACUUCUUCCUCUACUGCUUCGUCAGUAAGCCUUUCCGCGGCGCCGUGCGGGACGUGGUGCUGCUCAGGGGGGGGCCGCUGUAUCCCCGCCGCGCUCUGCCGCAGCACCAGGCCCCCAACCACGCCUCCAUCUCCUCCCUGUACAGUGGGAACCACAAGCGCUGGCAGCGGGAGUCCACCCCCUUGUCACCUCGCAGGGCCACGAAACCCUCGUGACCCUUUGCUCCGUCCUCUUAAUCCAAAACACCCGUCAUCCCAGGGACCCCGAGCACGCCGGGCCCCAGGGACGCUCCAGCUACGGCCGUGGCCCUCAGCCAGUCGGCCCCGGGGCCCCGACGUGACCUCAGCUCAGAGGAAGUAUGUGUCUUGUAUCAUGAUGAAGUGUCAGCAGCUGAUGUUCGUCCAGAUAAACCAGAUAAGAUGACAAGUUAUUUAUUUUUCUCCUGAAGAAUUUGUUUUUUUUUCUCGUUCCCGUAGACGGUAGAAAUGUGACAGAAUGUGUUUUAUAGAGUUAUGAGGAAAAAAAGAAAAACAGUUUGGUUUCUCUGUGAGUGAAUCAGUGGUUAGUGUCAUUUAGUGGGUUUUAAAUACUCCGUCUCUCUGUAAGGAGGAAUCAGAGUUGUAUUUGAGCUGCUGCAGUUGUGUGAAGGUACUGAACUCGGCUCCAGAUACAAAAAUCCUCGUGAGAUGCAACUGGACGGAGCGAGAAAGGAAGCAGGAGCGAGGACGCUGCUCUUCAAACAGACGGACGACUACACCACCGACCAGCAGAGCCACAGCUCCACUAAACACACACACACACACACACACACACACACACACACACACACACACACACACACACACACACACACACACACACACACUCUAAAGUCACCAGGUACAUUUCCAUUCCCUCCAACAGGACAUGAACUGAAUUGACGUUGUGUCAGUGUAACUGUGGAGAUCUGCUCAUAAAACCUGUAACUGUUCAUUUGCGGAUAUGAUUGUGAGUAUUGAUUGAACAACCUGUUGUUGAUGUAUUUGUGUUUUUUAAUGAAUGCACGUGGGAAACCGGAGUGAUGAUGUCGUCUGACUGUUUCUGCAGCUCUGAUCUGGUUCUGUCCUGAUUUCAGACACAUUCAAAACAUUUAAACUGCUUAAAAGAAAACUAUAUUUCAGUUUUACAUAAUGUGGACAUUUGUCACAUGUAAACUUCAACCUCAUUCAAUUUUAAACUACAUCCUAAUAUUAAUAAUUCAAUCCAGUAACAGAUUUGUUUUCUUUUAAUGCUCUGAAUACAUUUUUGGAUUGGAAACAUUUCACUGCCAGAAUUUCAAAGUUGUAAAAUGUUUUGUAAACAGUUUUCAGAUUCAGAUUUGAAUCCAGAUUUGAAUCCAGUGUAAGAUGAGGCCCUUUGAAGCACAGGAACCGAAAAGACAGUUGGGUCUUUGGCCAACUUUGAUAUUACGAGAACGUAUCUGCUCCUAACUCUGCAGCUCCGGGACAGUUUCCCUCUUUCUGCUCAGAUUUGCUUUGCACCCAAACGCAGGUGAAGACAUGAAACAGCUGCAGGUUUUCAGGGUUUUCUGGAAACACAAACACGGCUCCGAAUUACCACCAUGUCCAAAGCUUCUCGUCAGUGAACAGUGAUUUGUAGAACUUUGUCCCGUUUGUCUCAAAGUGGUAGAAAUGAAUGAAGCUUUAAAACAGUGUUUAACUCUCCUAUCUCUCAGUCUGAUGUUUUUCUGUCUCCAGUCCAGUAUAAUCUGCUCUGUAUCUGACCACACGUUCAGGGUUAAGGUUUCCACAGCGAGCCACCUGC